AUGUCCUUGCAACGACCAUCCGACACGCUGCCCGACAGCGUCAUGGCGCAAGACGAGUCGAUGCGGGACGACUCGUCCGCACGCAAGUACAACAAGACGUCGCAUCUCCAACAGCGCCCUUCGCAGCUCAACCAGAUCGAUGAAGCUGCAGGUUCCUCAUCCGCCGCCCGUUUCAUUCCCGCUGGCGAUGCCGGUCAGCCCUACGAUCCCGUCGCCGAAUACAGACGAGGUCGAGCUUUAACCGCCGACAAUCUGGAGCGCAUCCCCAAUGCGGAUCAGCUAGCACCGGGCAUCCGUCUGCCAGGGCGACACAUCGAUCCGCACGCAGCCGAUACCGACAUGCAGACCUCGUCCGACGCGGAUGGAGGCGCACAGAGCCUCGAGACGGGUCACACGAGCGUGGGGGCUUUUGGCGAAGGAGGAGCGCCGGUACCAGGUGUGCCGCCCGAAUUGGAUCCGCGAACACCAGCCUUCCGGCCCCACAGUCCUGGCGAGGCCUCCGUGUUCUCCGUCGCCGUCCAACCGCCAGCAUCGCCCAAAGCGAGCAUCUUGGAGCCUUCAGAGCCUGUCAGUCCAUUUGUCGAGCCACCUACGUCUCGCAGCGGCGCAUCUGAUCACCACGGUAUUCCCGCCAGCAGCGCCUCGGCCACCGCGGGGUCCUCAGCCUACUCGGCCUCGGCGCGUGGCUCCUCUCCACCCCUCUCAGCGGGCUAUGCGCCAUCGGAGGCUUUCAACUCAGCAAUGCGCCUAGGGCCAGGACCCAGCAUGCUCGGCCGCAACGUUGCCUCCGUCGCGCCGUCGGAAGCGGGCAGUGUCUCCUCCACAGGCACGGGUGGCGGUGGUCCAGGCAGCACCGGCACGGCGGACGACCAGGAAGUGGCCCUCCGAGCAGCGUACAUCGAGCGCCAGCGCAUGCGCGAGCGCGAGCUCAUGGGUGGCGAAGCUGGUGUGGGCGGCACCACGAUCCCGUCCUUCGCACUGCCAGCGCGUGGGUCGACGCCGUUGGCCUUCGCACCCGGCCUAUCGGCCCGCCUCGGUAGCAAUACUGCGUUCGACAACGUCAGUCGCGCAGGCAGCACCGCCGCUACAACGGGAACGAGCACUCCACCCCUCAGCCCGACAGGAUCCGAUAUUCCAUAUGCAGUCGGCUCGCCUUCGAGAAGGGGCAGUGUGGACAGCACCGAGACGCUGGGGAGUAUGAGAGCGCCCCCGAGCGUGCAAGGGUUCGAGCUGGGGAGUGGCAUCGAGUCGAGGAGGAUGAGUCGUGGCGGCAGCUCGGUCGGUGGUGACGCGCACGAGGGUGGGAGGAGGAUGAGUGAAGGUGGUGCGAUGGACGAAGAUUUGGAUGCGAGCCGGGCGAGAGAGGAUGAGAUGAUGUAA